AUGACGAAGAAUAGUGUAAUUGACAUUUAUUUAUCGAUUGAUAAGAAUAUCUAUGCAAACGAAUAUAUCAAUCCCAAAUGGAGCGAUCAAGUCAAAGACAAGAUAAGGGAGGCUAUCCUCAACAAAGAGCAAAUCGAUAAAUCACAGCCUCUCAAUGUCUUUGCAGAGGCCUCGGCAGCAACACACCUCGAUUUCAAUGGAAGGGGUGGGAGAGGAGGAGCAAGAGGAGGAGGAACUCAAGCAAGAAGAGGUAUCAUAACAAAACCUGAACCAGAUACGAUGCACAUGACAUUGCACCAACUUCAUUCCAAAGAAAUGGGGUUUGAGCCUGACUGCUCAGAAAUUACAUAUAACCUUUAUACAUUAGAUGAUAUAGAUGAAUCUUCUACCAUAGACGUUCAUUCAAAAACUACAAUGUUUCAAUUACAAUUAACAAGUUAUGAAUCACCUAUACUUCAUAAUAUGUGUUCAAGUGGAGAAAUCAUUCAACAAGUUAUCAUUCGACAUUAUCAAUUGAAAGAAAAGUCACGUGUAUUGAGAGUGGAGGAAUAUGAACUUGGCUUUUCAAAGGUUCACACUGUAGCAACAUUUGGAAAUGACCUAAUGGUCGUAUUUGUGCCCUCUUUUAUUACAACAACAUUUGCAAAGAUUAAAGUUGAUAGUGGAGAGUAUAAAAGUUAUUCAAUGUCACGAGUAGACUAUAUUUUAAAGGAUAGAAAUAAGAGAAGUAUUCUUCCAAUCGAUCCUACCAACCCACAAAUACUAGAUGAUGCCAUACAAGAAGACAAUAGUCAUCAAAUACUCAAAGACAGGAAUGUCAACUAUUCAACUAGUCCACCACCAACCACUCAAAUAUUUGUACAACAGCCCAACCAAUUAAAGAUAUAUAAAAGACUAGAUAAUAUUGAAUUAGAGAUAUCAUUUGAUCAUCUAAUAACGAGGAUUGCAACAUUACUUGGAUUGGAAAAGAAUAAUAUUUUGAAUGAUCAAAAAUAG